AUGGAUGACUAUUCUCGUUCAAGUUAUUCGCCUCCUCGUCCUAUACAAGUUAGGGAAGAAACGCAUUCGGAUCAAACAUCGUUUGUUUCAGACGAUAGCACCGUUGUAUCUGCUGACGUGGUUGCUCCUCGUCCUGUACAAGUAAACAGAGAUGGAUACUUGAGGCAGACAGGGACUGAUUUAGAUAGUGACGCUGAAGUUCUUAGAUAUCUUGAGAUGGUCUUAAGGCGGGAAGUUGAUCGGAACGCUAGUAGAGAAACCGGUUCCUCAGAAGAAGAAACUGGUUUCUCAGAAGAAACAAUUCGACGGCAUUUGAAAACAAGAAAUUUUGUUUACAUCAAAGCGGCGAAUGCCAUCGAUGAAGGUCCGGAAAUUUGUGUAGUGUGUCAAUGUGAAUACGAAGAAAAUGAGAAAGUGGGAAGUCUUGUGUGUGGACAUGAGUACCAUGUCGAUUGCAUAAAAAAGUGGUUGUCUCGAAAAACUUUUUGUCCCAUCUGUAAAGCCAAAGCAUUCCCGACCCAGGAAGUGAAUGCAAGAAAAGGGCGCUGA